CAGCUGGGGCCAGCACACAGCUUCACGCCAGACCGGUCCGGAGGCUCGCUGACAGGCUCACAAGUCGCUCACUGGUUUGCACGGAAAGCCCUUUAACAGGUGGAUCUCAUGGCUGACAGCGAGGAUAUCUUUCUCAAGGCUAAACAUCGGACAUUCAGCGGACUGACUGAAGAUGCAGAGUGUGAGUGGACGGGGCCAUUUUGCUUCAUCCAGGCCGCAGACCCCCAGCUGGGGCUGAUGAAGGCCUGGAGGGACGGCGACUGCGAUGGUGGAGGAGAGGAAUGGGCUGAAGAGGUCGAGCUCACCAAGCAGGCUGUGGAGGCAGUAAAUCAGCUGAGACCCAGGCCAAGGUUCAUGGUGCUGUGUGGCGACCUGGUCCAUGCCAUGCCAGACACCCCAUUCAGAGAAGGUCAGGAGCAAGACCUGAAGGCAGCCUUGAAGGGGACAGACCCGUCCAUCCCGCUGGUGUUUGUCAGUGGGAACCAUGACCUGGGCAACACCCCCACGCCCAGGACAGUGGAGCAGUACUGCAGCGCUUGGGGAAAUGACUAUUUCAGCUUCUGGGUGGGGGGAGUCCUCUGCCUGGUUCUGAACUCCCAGUUCUUCUAUGACGCCUCGGCCUGCCCUCAGCUGAAGGAGGCCCAGGAGACGUGGCUGGAGGAGCAACUGAGCAGAGCCUCCUCUUCAACGGAACCCAAACCCAAACAUGUCCUGGUGUUCCAGCACAUUCCUCUGUACCUAAAGAGUCCAGAUGAGGAGGACGACUACUUCAACCUGCAGAGGGGAGUCAGACAAAGCCUGCUGGACAGGUUCAAGAAGGCAGGGGUAAAAGCAGUCUUCUCCGGCCAUUAUCACCGAAACGCCGGCGGUCGUCACGACGGCCUGGACAUGGUCGUGAGCUCGGCCAUCGGCUGCCAGCUCGGCGAGGACGCCCACGGCCUCCGGGUGGUGGUGGUGACCGCCGACGAUGUCGUCCAUCGCUACCACAGCCUGGAGCAGCUGAGAGCUGGAGGCAUGGACGAGGAUUUCAAGAAGCUCCUGCAGGCCUGAGGGCCGAACGAGGGAAAAUCAGGGAAAACUCAUCAGCAAGUUUGUUUGUUUAAUUAUGCAGUUUUGAGCCUCUGUUCUUAGACCCAGUAAGGUUUUUGGAGACUGGUGCGUUGGUCAACUCAUGUGGCCCAAUUUUCAAAAAAUUUUCGCUCAUUAGAGUGGAAAAAAUCAUUUAAAGAUUUAUAUUGAGACAUGUACUGUAUGUUUGGCCAGAAAUAAGAGGAAAAACAGUUAAUUUAAAGCAACAAAGAUGCAACAACAUGCCAACCACACAUUAUAAAAUGGACAGAAUGUUAUGAAGUUAAGUGAAGUUUAUUUUCCUCUCACUACUCAAUAUUUUCCUGGAAGCAUCUAUUGGCAGAGUGGAUGUUAUUGUCUCUGCCCCCGCUGCCCUAAGAGGGGCGCACAAAGAUCGCUGAAUGUAGAAGCACAAGCUCACCUGACCGUCCUCCUGUAUCAGAAGGAGGCUGACACCCACCCCGCCUGCGCAGUGUAAAUGUAAGAGUUGAAGACAGUGUGCUUUCAGUGUAUCCAAACUUUAACGUUGAAGGAGGAGUCCACCUCGUUCAGAACAGCACCUGGAGGUGGUCUCCUGUGUUUCAGGGCGCAUUCUGCCGUUCGGUGGUGCGGCUUUCUUCCUGUUUCUGCAGGUAACUUUGGGAGCGAAGAGAAAUUCACCAUAAAAGAGGAACAGAAAGGAGUUCUUGAGAGCUACAGGGGUUGUUUGCUAAAUGUAUUUGCUCUUUAGCUCUUUAAAGGCUGUUGAAGAGCAUCAUGGGAGAUGUAGGAGAAUCAGGUGUAUAGAAAUAGAUCAGACAGACAGGCACCACUGAACUCCACUGAAUGCUGCAGCUUGAUGUUUUGUUAUGUAACAGAGUGUUAAAGGGUGGAUUUUUCCUUUAAUGAUGCUAAACUAUCCAGCUGUUCAUGUAGCUAUUUCUACUCUUUGCUGUUGCUGCAGUCUAAUGCCUUGUUGGCCAUCCUAUGCAAGCUAUUCACAUCCCCAUAGUGUGUUUUUUUAUGUUUAACAUGGUACGUCGUUUAACCGGCCUGGAAGAUGACUGCUGACCUCUGAUCAGACUUAAAGCUGUGUGUUUGUAGCCCCUUGCUCUGCCCUCACAGGCAGAAGAUGACGGUUCUGAGAAGUAAACUGUGGUACACAGUCUUUGAAUAUGUGUUGAUUUGAGAGAUUAUUCUUAAUCCAUAUUAAUCACAGCAAAAAUGACAAUCUUGUUUUAACUAAAAUGGAUUUUAAAGUUAUAAUCCUUUAUUUCUGGUUGAUAAAGAAGUAAAACUGACCCACUGUGACCGAAUGAUUGUGUCGUAGAAGCAUCGCUGAUGAAGAAUAACCUCCAUGACAAAUACACUGCCUUUCCUGUGACUGCCUCCCAAUAAAUGCCAGUUGUACACUUUGUCGUAGUAGUAGGAAAUGACAUGCGUGAGUCUGUAUGAAUAUAUCUGUGCGUGUGGAGGGAAUCUGAAGCCAGCACAGCAGUGGCGGACCCUGCCACCAACAAGGAAACUAAUAUAUAAAGAGGUGAUUGCAGACUGUUAAUACAUUAAAUGGCUGCUGCAGAAAAGAUGGGACAAAAAUGUGUUUUGAUGUCAUGAAAUUUCAAAGAUUAUAACUUUAAUGUGUUUUUACUUUGUUGAGCUGUAUUGCAGAUUGUGGCCAAAUCCAUUACUCUUGCAUUACUCCAAUACAGAUAAAUGACUGAGGUGCACUCGUUUCAACAUCCAUUUGAUUUAUGAAAGUGUAGAUCAAACUGUUUUUCCUCACUGUGAUUUUUUUGUGUGACAUAAAUAUUUCCUCAUUGGAUCGGAGUUUGGAUCAGAAAGUAUGAUGCAGCGCUUCACAUUUAAAUCACAGCUAAUGGGUUCAGUCUGUUUGGGAUCCUUGCUGUGAACUCUGCUCAGUGCCGUUAAAUGACAAGCUAAAGGACUGGUGUCAGGCUGAUAAAACGUAGCGAUGCUGAUGUGAUCUGUUGGUGAUUAAUGGGAGGAGCACAGGAUUUCCUGACUGUUAGUCUUAGCCGAACAGCCGCACUACACUUACACACACACUAAUAUUCCACUAUUAUUCAGAAUCUGACAAUAUUCCAAAUUUUAUACGGGUCUUUUAAACAGCAUGUUGCUUUUUCCAAAUUCAGCCAUAUUCUGGUGAAGAUGUGCGAGCGUUAGUGGGAUAUUAAUUUUCAUUAGAGAACGGGGACAGUUCAGUAGGAAUAUUGUCUUUUUCAGAAUAAGGGCAAGAGCUGGAAUAUUUUGUGCCCGUAAACGUAGUCAGUGUCACAGCCUCCAGGCUGCAGGCUUAUUCUGGAGCUCCAACCCUGAAAUCAUCUUUAAAACGGACAUUACUGCAUUAAAAUGACUUUCUCUGUGAGCCCUAAAUGACUCUACUCGAUUACACUUCACACACACACAGACUCUCACACUCGCCCUGUCCGAAUGGGAAUUUAAGAGAGUUGUCAUGGCAACCCUUUAGCAACACAUCGGUGUGUCUCGGAGAGAGUGUGUGAGUGUUGUAGAGAAAGUGUAGGUACUGUGUGUGUGUGUGUGUGUGUCCGUCCGUGGUCUGGUGAGUACUGUAGGUGAUUUUCCAUCAGCAGGGCGAUCGCUGACCUCAUUUCACACUGACGGAUUUUGUCUCUCUUCCAAAAAGUCAGCAUAUGAUGGAGGGGGCAGGGGGCGUCUGAGAGGAAUGGAUAAUGAGUGUGAUGUGUGAAAGACGACUCAGUCCAUCUCCUUCAUUUCCUGUUUGAGGAGGAACCUUAUGUCCUUAUCUAUUUUUAUAUCCUCAUGGCAGCCGAGCUCAGCCACAUUGUUCUUUAUCUUUUUGUGUGUAUGUGUGUGGAUUCGUUUCAGAGCAGUGAGAUUUGCUCUGUGAAUGGGGAACAUCACACACUUUGACCUGAUCCUGUGUUGAAUUCUAAUGAAUGACCAUACCGAACACCACGACUGUGACAUGAUUGGUUGUAUUUUUAUAAUAAAUGUUGAU